AUGGCAACUCGCACGAUGGAAGCCAGAACUGGCCGGACAAACCAGCGAUACUCUCCGUCUGGUGAACGACUCGUCGCAGGCGUCGUCCCCCUCUCCGCCGACAAGUCCAAGGUCCUGCUCAUCCAGUCCGCCCGUCCCGGCUCCUGGGUCCUCCCCAAGGGCGGCUGGGAACUCGACGAGCCCACCGCCCACCAGGCAGCCUGCCGCGAAGCCUGGGAGGAGGCCGGCGUCGUCUGCACCGUCACCCGAGACCUAGGCAAGAUCCAGGACAUGCGCAGCCCCGUCCAGAUAUCCGCCAAAGCACCCCGGGUGCUCUACCACUUCUUCGAGGUCCGCGUGGACCGCGAGGAGAGCCAGUGGCCCGAGAUGCACAAGCGCAAGAGGCAGUGGGUGACCUACGCCCAGGCUGCGGCCGCUCUCGUCGCGAGGCCGGAGCUGCUCGACGCCCUCAACAGGAGCUCUGUCAAGCGGUGA